CUUCCUCACAAUUAAGCAGCCCCCUCAGUUUACAGGUCGACCACAACAAAGCAACAACUCGUCCCUUUUGCGCCGUCCCGGAUAUUCCGAGCUCAAAUAUGGCUCUUUAAACUCGUUAAGUAGUUGGACCCGAAGAGAAACCGUGCUUUGCUUUAGCAACGCACCCCCAAGUGCUCUACCUUUUUUUCCGCAAGAAUGGAGUUUCAUUAUGCUCACCCAGCCCUGCUCUCUGUGGCCCAUCUGUCAGACCCUGCUUGCUCUCAGCAUAUGCUUGGACUUGGACUGAAUCAAAGCGCCAACAGACAAUAUGAUGGCAACAUCAGCUCCUGUUUGGAAGACUCUUCGUGUCUGCCCGGCAGACCCCCUCGCUCUCUCUCACCCACAGGCUAACCACAGCCAAUCACAGGGGUGCAGGGGGGAGGUGUCAGAGGAGAGUCAGCACUUAAUUGGUGAUGGUCUCACUGACUGGAUGACGGAAGAAGUGGAUUUCUCCUCGUACCUCCCAAACCCUCCUUCCCCUCCCUCCUCCACCAAUGCCUCCCUUCCCCCUUCACCCCUUCAGAAUGAUAUCCAGGUGCCCUCUGACUUGGAGGUCAUGACCUCUCUGCUGCAAGAGGAACUCGCCCAACUAGAGGACUACUUCCUGUCUGAACCACUGCCAGAGAAAGGGCCGAGGCUGGGAAAAUGCGACAGGGGUCCACUGCCGGCGGGUCCUCAGCCGUUCAGUCAGCUGCCAUAUGCAUCAUACUCGACAUCCAACCAAUCGGAAUCCAGCCCACUCCUUGUUACCCUGGCAACCGGAGAACUGGACCUGCUGAGUAUCUGUGGCGGGCCCAUUGGGCGAUCCAAAAUUCCAAGACACGCCCCAUACAGCUGCAGUCGCCCCAGUGGGUGUGUUAGGAAAAGAGUUCCUGAUGGUGUGAGGUUCAGUGAAGGCUAUGACAACAGUUUGUUGAGUUCCAAAGGAAGUAACUCAGGUAACUCGGCAGUGACCCUCGCAGGUAACUAUGGCUGUGUUGAGGACGAGCAGCUGGUAGGGAAAAGCUACUGUCUGGGUAGUGCAGUCGAGGUCAGAAGAUGUGCCGUUCUACCAAAAGACGAGAAAAAUUGCUGUUUCAGUCAAGAUGUGAUAGGUGGUACGAAGGUUGUUGGUGGUGGAUUUGGUUUCGGCGGAUCACUUGAUGUUCCGCACAAGAAAGAGGAUCUGCUGAUGUAUAGCAUGAGGGAGGUGAGCGGAGGCACCGGCAACAAUGAGGUGCUGAAUAGUAUCAAAACUAGUGUGGAGGUGACAAAAGCCACCGUUUCUUGGAAAACAGAGAGCGGCGAAGGUUGUUAUCUUCCAGCAACACCGCAGUCUGAGGCCUAUCAUAGUUUCUUAGGCAGCAUCAACGAACAGGUGAAAUCAGAGGGUCUACAGAUAGCGCAACAUGAUUUACACUGUAACUUUCUGGAGGAUCAGGGCCCAGAGUGUCUUUUAAUGGCGAGGGAGAGUCUGAACUUGGAGUCUGCAGGGCACAGACAAGCAUGCAGGUUGAAGGAAGACCACUGUGCUUUGAAAUACGAAGAGGACCUCAUUCCAGCCGAAGGCGGCGAACGCAAACAGAAGAAGAGAGAUCAGAACAAAACUGCCGCUCACAGGUAUCGCCAGCGAAAAAGGGCGGAGCUAGAUUCUUUGGAGGAACAGUUGCACUGCCUUGAAGGGAGAAACCGGGAGCUGCGGGACAAGGCAGAGUCGGUAGAACGUGAAAUCCAGUAUGUCAAAGACCUGCUGAUUGAAGUUUACAAGGCCCGCAGCCAAAGGCUCAAGCAGGACACAACAGCGUAACACCAACUCCUGCAAGUACAUUUAAAGAGGGCGUAACAGGGAAAAAUUCGGUGUCUUUAAAGAUUGUCCAGAAUUGAAUGUUUAUUUAUUUUAUUUUUUUUUCAUGGCGGGCGGGGUAAAUGCAUGCUUUGCUAAUGUGAAUUAUUUUUUUCUGUUUAAAUCAACACUCUAUCCAAUGCUUCCAUUGCUUCCGCACUCUAAUCACUUGAGCCUGCACUGUGGCAUUGCAAUGCUUUAAAUGACAAUCAUUUUUAAUAGAUCUCGCACUGUGCAGAUCUACUAAUUGAAAUACGGUUAUUUCUGAUGAAGUAAUGUUAUUAUUUAUGCAGGUUUGAUAUUUUUAACAGCCUUACAUUGGAAUUGAUGUCAGCAAUAGAACUUCAUGUUGCUGUUUUUUCUAGUUUAAACUUUUAUUUCCAAUCACUGUAUCACCCUUCUAACAGUUGAAGUUGUCCAAUAUGUUUUUGGUGUCUACAUGUGAAACUGCAUCUUUUCAUUUUGAGCACAUCGUUCAAACCAAAUACUUGUCUCAAAUAAUUUCUCACCUCCCUUGAACAGCAAAUGUGAUUUCAAUUGCUAUGAAUAUUUUAAAAUAUUAGAAUUGCGCUUGACGAUGUGUUGACUUUUACGAUUGCGGAAAGAGCGGCUGGUGCACAGAAGAGCAAAAAAGUUUUCGUCUUCGACCUUUGCAAAAUAUUUUUAUCAGUUUAAUAUUGUUAGGUUUUUUUUGGAGAAGCAUUUAAUUGAUUGCAGGUUUAAUGCAAUCCAAAAUUUUCAUUAGUUAAAGGGACUUGGAUGUUUUAGGCAUGUAAUUCCUUUUUCUUUUACAGAAGGUCUACAUCUACAUGUUAUCCUGCUUUGUUAGAAACAUCACUGUGUCUGUUGUAUUUACAUUUGUUUCUCCCCUGAUAUUUGCAUUAUAUUUAAUGUAACAAAUCAUCUUCCAGCGGUGAAUAAUGUCCAAAUUAUAAAUUCCGUGACCAAAAUAGCUUCUCAUUUUUACUGUUUUAAAGAUGGAAACUGACAUUUUAUCAUGUUUGUGGCAGUUUCUAAAAUUUUCUUCUAUUGCAUAUUGCAAAUUAUACAAUCUAUUUUGCAGCUCAGGAUAUGCAAUUAGUCCUCCAGUCCUACAAAUGUAGAUGAUUCAUGGCUGGAGGCUUCUUUUCUUCAUUUCAAGAUUUCACUGCUAUUGACAUGCAGGUUUUCCUGAUGUUAAAAAAAAAAAAAAAAGGUUUUCAUUAUGUACAAAUAUUAUACCUAGUGGAGUUUUAGCAGCCUCCCUCUGCAUGUUUUUCCAUAAAUGAAGUAGAAAAUGUAGGAUUUGAGAAAUAAGUCGGGGUUCUUCCUCUAAAGUGCUUGUUAAGGCAAUAAGUUUUCUAGGCCUCUGGCUGAUCUGCACUAAUUUGUAACAACUUUUGUAUGUUCAGGGAGCAGAGUGUGUUAGCCUUUUCUUUGUAGAAAAUUAACUGAAAAAAAAAUCUCAUUAGGUUAUUUGUUGAGGCUUUUGCAGUGCUAGCUUUGGUGUAAGAGGAUGCUGUGUAAAUUAUUUUCCAAUCCGAUUUGUUGCUGAGCAAAUACUACCACUACUGUUACUGUUAAAUAUGCCUAUACCGAGGAUAGAUUUUUUUCUAUGCAUAUUUAUUUUGAGACAAUCUCGGAUAUGAGCGCUGACUCAUUGACUCAUAUUUAUUUGUGUUCAUGGAGUUUUUUUAGAAAGAAAUUCAUGUCACACUGUUUGACCCUGCUGCGGUGUACUAUCAACUCCGAUUGUUAAAACCAAAAAUAUGUGACAGCACAUUUUAACGCUUUUUAAAUUUAAUUUGAUCAUAUAUUUCCUUUGUGUGACGUCAGCUGUUUUUUCCUUUCAAAAAAAUAAAGUGUGUCAUCAACUCA